UCAGGUUGUUUUAAUUUUUAUUUUUAUUUUUAUCUUCGUCAUGUUUGAUAACCCUCAACUUUCGAUGCUUUAAUCGAGUUCAUUUUAUUCAAUAGGGUUCUGACUUCUGCAAAGUAUUUCAUCUCUGUAUCACUAUGAACUAUGAAGGUUGAAUAACAAAUUUCAUCAGUAUCGCGGCAGCCCCCUACAGAUUUUGGGUGUUCAUCUCUGCCUGUGAACCCAGCCAGGAUUCAUGGAUUUCCAAGCCGUCGUAUUAGCAGGCGGCUUCUCGAAAACACUUGUCCCUCUCGUGUCCAAGGAGGUGCCGAAAGCGCUUCUUCCCCUGGCCAAUCGGCCGGCUCUUUCGUAUGUUUUGGAGCUUCUAGAGAAAAACGACCUAAAAAAUGCAAUUGUUGUCGUUGAAGGGGAAACCGCAGCCCUUUUGAUAAGUGCUUGGAUUUCGAGCACGUUAUUUGAUCGAUUAAAUGUCGAAGUGGCUGCAGUUCCUGAGGAUGUUGGCACAGCUGGUGCGAUUCGAGCUAUUGAUCAUCGCCUGACUGCAAAGGACAUCUUGGUUGUGACUGGCGAUCUGAUCAGUGAAAUUCCACCUGGGGCAGUGGCAGCUGCUCAUAGACGACAUGAUGCUGCAGUUACUGCUAUGCUUUGUUCUGUGCCGGCUAGUGGACCAUCAGAUUCAGGCUCAUCCAGUGCGAAGGACAAAACAAAAAAAUCAGGAUACUAUAAUAUAGUAGGCCUGGAUCCAACUAAACAAUUUCUGUUGCACAUAGCAUCUGGAGCAGAUGUGGAGAAAAGUAUUCGAGUACAGAAAAGCAUACUAAGAGCUGUUGGCCAGAUGGAAAUGCGCACUGAUCUUAUGGAUGCUCACGUGUACGCUUUUAAGAGAUCUGUUCUGCAAGAUGUCCUGAAUCAAAAAGAAACCUUUCAUAGUUUGAGGCGUGAUGUACUGCCCUAUCUUGUUCGGAGUCAGCUGAGAUCAGAAAUAUCGUCUAAUGGAGUGCAGUCAGAAGAAAAUGGCAAUGUUGACGAUGUUUUCCAGAACAGUAAAAUUUUGCUAUCUCAGCUUCUGGCCAAUGCAUCUACACCAAGUUUUCAUGAAAUCAAUGCGCUUGGUCCGGCUGGCUCUGCUCCCACAUUAAAGAAAACUCAUAAAUGUUGUGUUUAUAUUGCUCAUAAGGGCAAGUAUUGUGCGAGGUUAAAUUCCAUUCAAGCAUUCAGCGACAUAAAUCGAGAUUUAGUAGGAGAUGCGAAUCACCUGUCGGGCUAUACUUUUUCAUCCCACAGCAACAUAAUUCAUCCCUCAGCUGUACUUGGAUCUAAAACUACUGUGGGUCCACAAUGCAUGCUGGGAGAAGGUUCGGAAAUGGGUGACAAAUGCAGUGUGAAGAAGUCCAUCAUUGGCCGUCAUUGUCGAAUUGGCUCAAAUGUGAAGAUUGUUAAUUCAGUUGUCAUGAAUUACGUCACCAUUGGCGAUGGUUGUUCGAUCCAAGGUUCCAUUAUUUGCAGUAAUGUGCUGCUCCAAGAACGUGCCGUGUUGAAGGACUGUCAGGUUGGAGCAGGUUUUGUAGUCGUUGCUGGAAGUGAGCAAAGGGGUGAAUCAUUGGCCAAGAAAGAAAGACAAUGUUGCGGCUAUGUGCCGACUCUAAUUGUUCAACGCAUAGUUUUUAUACCCUUCCGAAUGACAGGUUAUUUGGUGCUCAAUUUUCGAGCUAGUAGGAUCUUGGAUUUCUGUACAUUUUAG